AACCCUACAAAUACAAGCACUAAACCCAGAACCACAAGCCAUAAGAUACCAAUUUUCCACUAUUUUAUGCUAGCUAGAGCUUAGAGUCAUGGGUAUUCGCUUGCCUUUCAUGUUUCAUAAUGUGAAGCAAAUCCUCAAAGGGAAGCACUCCCACCACCACCUUUCAAGAAAUCAGUCAGACGUACCAAAAGGGCAUGUAGCAGUUUACGUUGGAGAGCAUCAAUGGCGACGAUUUGUGGUUCCCAUAUCAUAUCUGAGCCAUCCUUUGUUCCAAGAUUUGCUUAACCGAGCUGAACAAGAGUUUGGCUUCAAUCAUCCAAUGGGUGGCCUUACAAUUCCUUGCAGAGAAGACACCUUCCUUCAUCUCAUCACUUGUAAUUUUCAUGCCUCGUGAAAGAAUAAGAGAGAGCGAUGUGAAGUCAGAGUUUUGUCUUUGUUUUGUUAGUCAGGCAUGUACAGAUAUUUUUCAAUUGUGAUUGAGCAAUUUGAA